AAAGGAAUACUGUUUGGAGUAGCCAUUGUCUUGAACCAAACGCAAUAGAUCGUUUUCUAACAACAAAAAUCUAAUGCAACAUUUACAUAAUGAUCACUCAAUGAACUUUGUGACAGAGUCUUAUAUAUUCAAGAAUACCAAUUGAUCAUAAAACUUUCAAAUUAUGGUGUUGUGUUUUGUAAGUUUUUCAUGUCAGAUAUGGCUGAAUGCUUUUUUAAUGGUUGGCUUGAGGUGAUGGGUGAAGGGAAUGCAUCUUAUCCACAACAUUUGUUUUGCUCAUGGCAUGUUGAUCGUGCAUGGCAAAGUAAUUUAACUAAAAUUUCUGACAGAGAGAAGCGUUCAGAAAUUUAUAAAAUUUUGAAAACUUUGCAAAGAGAAACACCAUUGUUACAAUUCACUUCUGCUUUGACUAAUGCUUUAACUUACAUUUGCAAUAAUGAAAAAACGAGAAAUUUUGGAGAAUAUUUUAAAAAGAAUUAUGCUUAUAAUUUCAGGAAGUGGGCUUAUUGUUUCAGGGUUGAAGCAGGAAUCAAUACAAAUAUGCACUUGGAGUCAAUGCAUAAAGUCAUAAAAUACUUUUACCUGGAAAGGAAGACAGUAAAACGACUUGAUGAGGGAUUGAUUGCUGUGUUGAAGUAUGUGAGAGAUAAAAGUGUUGAAAGAAUAAUUAGAUUGACUAAAGGUGAACAUACGAAGCAGACAAGAUUUUUAUCUCAGAAUCACAAGGAAGUUCUCAAACACAUUGAUAAUUAUAUUAUUGAAACAAAUAAUUACAAUAUUAGUUGGACUAUUAAGAAAAAUGAACAAACUUCAUAUACUAUUUACCGAUUAUUAGAUAUAAAGUGUUGUGAGCAAAUAUGCUUGUUUUGUGAAGUAUGUACUCGCAUGUUUUCAUGUGAAUGCAAAUUUUAUUUGGAAAACAGGACUAUGUGUAAACACAUUCAUAUGCUGAUAAAUAAGCUUCAAACUGAAAAUAAAUUGGAAACUGUUCCUGACUUCAGAGUAGAUAAUAUAUCCACAGAACUGUUAGCGUUGUCUGAAAAACCAAAUUCCUCUAAUAAAAAAAUUAAGGAUAUAAAAGAUUUAGCUUCCAAAUUUGAGAGUUUAGACUUUGAAAAGUUUGAUGAUGAAACUAUCAACAAAAUUCAUCACCACCUAAUAAUUGCAAAAAAUAUAACGAGUUGUUCUAAUUUUCCAAAUGACAUUAAUGACAAUACCAAGUUUCAAUUAAGAAAUGAAUCUAAUAAAAGGUUAAUAGAAUCCCAUAUAAGAUUGACUUCCACAAAAAAUAAUGCAUAAAAUCAAAGACCAGUCUCAAAAGACCAACAUUACAGGAAGCUAUUAACAUUGCAGAAAAUUUAAGCCGUGCCUCUGAAGAUUCAUUUCUCUAUAAAUCGGUAGAACCAUUGAAUGACCAUCAAUAUUGUUGAAUUACUGGAUUGGAUAUGUAAUGUUUUCAGUCUGACAUUUUUUUUAAAUAAAUACUAUUUGUGAUUUGCAUCCCUUUUUUUUUAACUACUUAUAAACAAUUUCAUAUAACCUACAUCUCUGUUAUUAAAUUGUCCAUGACUACUAUCAAUCAGAAACAUAUUUUUUUAAUAUAUUUUGCUGUUUUUAUUCAUUACUUAUUUUAUGGUAGGCGUUAUUCCUCAAUAUGUAAUCACAUUUAUGUAUUUUUCUACAACCAUGAAGAACAGUCAAAAUAACCAAAAUAUUAUUUUGAGAAGUAAUAAAAAAGGAUAAUGCAAGCAUUUUAUCCACAAAAUGAACAUUGAUUCAUAUAUUAGUCUCAAAAAUUAAAACAUUUAUAUGGGAAAUUUUUCACAAUUAAAAUUAAUUUACCGGGCGAGAGUAAAAAUAUUUCGAUUUUUUGCUGUUGAUUUUGAUUUGACGAUCGAUUCAGCAAUCUUCCACAAUAUAUGCACAUAUAAGACAUUUUAAGAUAUCAUCUAUCAAACAGAAUUAACUGAUUCAAGUUCAAAUUAAUUUGUAUUUCGCGCCAUAACCUACAUUAGAUUACAUUUGGCAACGUUGGAUUUUCCUGGGCUAUCUAUCCUCUCGUCACAUGUUAAUGUUUGGUUAGUGUUAGCUUGUGCACUUGUGCUCAGAACAAAAAAUAUUCCUAUAGAAACGGAUUAAGUCUUCAUUUAAUUUUUUAUUUUUUCGUGUGUACUUUUUGAAGUGUGCUGUCUAUCAUAUUCAAUUAAUAGCACAGAUUACAGAUAAAUAUCUGUGAUUAAUAGUAUUAUCAACUAUUUGCAAUGGGUAUACUUGACCCACAUUAUUUCAGGGAAUACUACGGUUUACUACAAUUUGACUUUAUCAAAGUUGAAGAUAGUCCAGAAUG